GUGGAUAUGCACUGGGCACUCUUUCAUAACUGGGAGUCAAGACGAACCUCUGAAAGCCAUACUUUGGACUUUGGAAUUGAGUGUGUCUGGGUAUGACCAUCACUUAAGGGCUUCCUUAGUGAAGCAGCUUAUUAGGAUGUGAAAGUGAGGCCCUGUGUGACAAAUCUACGAAAUGGAAAACUUUACAACCGACCAUCCCUUGGGACUCAAUCUCACAUGUAACAUGACUGGGAACCACAACUUCAUCUUCACAUUAAUCCCAGUGGUCUACAGCUGCAAUUUUAUUAUUGGAAUUGUAGGCAACAGCUUGGUGGUGGCUGUCAUCUACUUCUGUUUGAAGCUGAAGACCGUUGCCAACAUAUUUGUUUUGAACUUAGCUGUUUCAGACCUGACUUUCCUCCUCACCCUGCCCAUUUGGGCCAUAUACACUGCAACAGGCUACCAGUGGCCCUUUGGAAGCUUCCUAUGCAAAGCUAUUGCCAGUAUGGCCCUCCUUAAUCUAUAUACUAGCAUUUUCCUCCUAACUGCUCUCAGCAUUGACCGCUAUAUGGCCAUUGUUCACCCAGUCCAGUCCCGACAGUGCCGGACAAUGGUCUAUGCCCGUGUGACAUGUGUCGCAGUUUGGAUAGUGGCUUUGUUUCUGAGUCUGCCCACGGGUUAUAUCCGGAGGACCCACUUGAUCCAGCAUAUCAAUGUAACUGUAUGUGGCCUCUUGGACAAAGAAGAACAUCGCAAUCUGCUGGUUGCUCUCAGUCUGAUGAAGAGUGCGCUUGGGUUCCUUCUGCCUUUCACCAUCAUCCUCACAUGCUACUGUCUGAUUGGUCGAGCUCUGCUCAAAGCACAGGACAUUCAGAGGAAUUCAAAGUCAAACGGGGAUGAAGUGUUGAACAUGCUGGCUGCAGCUGUCCUGGCGUUUUUCCUGUGCUGGACACCUCAUCAGAUUUUCAGCUUCAUUGACACGCUUUUUCUGCUUAAAGUGAUCACCAACUGUAAUGUCAUUGAGAUCAUUGACACUGGAAUGCCUUUCACCAUUUGUAUCGCCUAUUUCAACAGCUGUAUGAACCCAAUCCUGUAUGGUUUUGUUGGGAAGAACUUCCGCAAGAGCUUGCUGCAGCUGCUGAGAUGCUCUUCAACGUCUGUUGCCUCUCAUCCCACCCUGAGUACCAAGAUGAGCUCUCUCUCUUAUCAAGCCUCAGAGUCAUUCCACCUCUCAGUCAUUACAACAUCCUCAAUACCUCAAGCCACAUGAUCAAAGCACAAAACAGGCAGGAAAUAACGGAAUCCCACUGAAUCAUUUUCUAAAAUGUUACUCACUGACUCUUGUUACUGAACGUAUCUAUGACUGUUGAUACUGGUGACUUAUAUUGGAAUGAGAACAAAAUAUUAUGAUUCAUUUGUCUGUUUCUUUCAAGUUACUGUGUAAAGAGUUCAGUGUAAAUGCACAUAAAAACUUAAUUAUUUAAUUAAGUCUAAGAAGAUUGUAUCCAACUUAAGAUAAAUAUUACAGUGCAGUACAGCUUUUGUGUUAGUCAACAAAAAUAUUCCCACCUUCACCGCAAUGGGAACUAAAUCACAGUUAAACGAUAGUAAAAUUUUUAUUCUCUGAUCAUUUACUCACCCUCAUGCCAUCCCAAAUGUGUGACUUUCUUUCUUCUGCUGAACACAAAUAUUUUUAGUAGAGUAUUUCAGCUCUGUAUGUCCAUACAAUGCAAGUGAACAGUGGCCAUGACUUUGAAGGUCCAAAAAGCACAUAAAGGCAUCAUAAAAGUAGUUCAUAAGACUCCAGUGUUUCAGUCCAUCUCUUCAGAAGUGAUGUGAUAGGUGUAGGUGAGAAACAGAUCAAUAUUUAAGUCCUUUUUUAUUAUAAAUUCUCCUUCCUGCCCAGUAGGUGGCGAAAUGCACAAAGAAUGUGAAUCGCCAAAACUAAAAGAAGAGGUGAAAGUGGAGAUUUAUAUGGAUUACUUUUAUGCUGCCUUUAUGUGCUUUUUGGAGCUUCAAAUUUCUGGCCUCCAUUAAAAAUCUUUGUUUGUGUUCAACAAAAGAAAGAAAGUCAUACACAUCUGUGAUGGUAUGAGGGUAAGUAAAUGAUGAGAGAAUUUUCAUUUUUGGGUGAACUAUCCCUUUAAGUCAAUCUGUAUAGUGAUCUUCACAAAAAAUAUUCUUUCAAAGGAGCUUUACAGAAAACCAUGCCUUAACGUCUGAAGUCUCCAAUGGGCAAGCCAAAGGUGACAAGGGGGAAAAAAACGUACAUAACAUGUUUAAACUCCACAAGAUGUUAAGUAGUGGAGAGAGAAAAACCAGGAACCAGACUCUGCUGGAGGAGCCAGGCUUUCUCUGGCAUUACAUUAAAUCUAUAUUUUUUUCUAUCAAGGUUACUAGAGGUAACUAAGCUGGUUAGUAUAAAUUGUUAUUUGUGCAUUUUAAAUAGUAGCUUUCUUUUUCACCAAACUUCAUUCUGUUUUGCACAAUAUACAGCAACCUUUACUCUGUAUUUAAUCCCAAAUAGGUGAUCCAUUGAAAUCCCUAUUGUGUCUUGUAGUUGCAUUUAUUAGGCUGUUUUAUGGGGUCUAAUAUACUAAGUAGUUCUCACUUCUACUUUGCCAACAUGGUCAGCACUGUUGAUUUUUUGUAGUCUUGAUACACAUUAUGUUAAAACUGCUUUUGUUUUAUUUUACCACUCUGGCAUUCAGUAGCCUACCACAAUGAGGACUGGUUGGCUUGCUAUGGGUGGUAAACUUUGCCCUGAUAGCACACAUACUGUUCAUCACCCAGACGUGUAUUUGAUGUGUGCAAUUACAUCUAGAAGACAUAUAUUUUUAGAUUGUUUGCUCAUCUGCAAUACGUCUAUAAGACGUUUCACCUGGAUGUCAAUAAGACAUUCAACAAAUUCCUUUGAGACGUUUUUUUUAGAAUGUGUGUAAAUCUGAUCUGUUUAAGAUGUUUAGCAGAUGUUAAUUAGAUUGUGAUUCUUCCCAGAUGAAAAGAUCUAAAACAGACAUCUCUGAGAUGUAUAUGUGCUAUCUGGGUGUUUAUUAGGCCUACUGUAUGUCUUGAUUUUUUUUAAUGUUAUGUGGCAACAUUUUGUUGUAUAUACUUAAGUGUAAAAAUGUGUACCUCUAAGUGCUGUCUUUUAAUGGGGAAUCAUUUUUUUUAAUUAUUAUUAUUAAAUUCAUAUUGCCAGCCUCAAUUUUUUUUUUUUUUUUACAUUUUUGACACAUGCAUAGCCUAUCUUAUUACCCUAAAAAGAGCGAAAUGAAGGCACAAAUAUAAGCAACUUAUUUGUGUAGUUUUUAGAAAUGUUUACAAUAAGUUACUGUAAUACAACCACUGAAAUGGUCUUUGCUAUUAAAAAGGUACAAUUUUCAGAUGUUUUAAACACUCAUUUACAUAGCAAUUGGUGAACAUCCUAAUGAAAAUUAUUUUAUUAGAUGAAAUAAUUAAAGAAAUAAUUAAAUUACUCCAGAAUAAUUAACCCUUGAAUACAUGGGAAUUUCACCAAACACUCUUACAUAUUCAGGUCUUUAGAGACCAAGCACUUGGAUCUACAAAAUUCCACUCAGCAGUUAAAGCUCUGGGUUUCUGACCAGAAGGUUGGGGGUUCAAUCCCCAGCACCACCAAGAUGCCACUGUUGGGCCCUUGACCCUAUCUGCUCCAGGGGUGCCGUAUCAUGGUGCUCUGACCCCAGCUUAGCUGGGAUAUGUGGAAAAAAAGAAUUUGACUGUGUGUGUGCAAAUGUGUGACAAAA